CUCCAGCCGGUCAGGUACGGAGAGGGGGGCGGUGGAGAUACUGAAGAAGCAGUUUCAUAGCGGACCGGUCCCGGCAUCCCGGAGACCAAAUGGCCGUGAACCGACAGAAAGGAAGAGUGUGAGCUAGGUUUUUCUUUUCCCCCAGUACUAACAGCAGAAAGAGCUCUCCCCAUGCUCACAUAGGUUAGAAGGGGCAGGAAGCGCACUUCAUCCUCACGCUCAGCAGCUUACAUUUUAUCCGUCUGGAAGAAGAAUGAGAGAGUCCUGUUGACACCACGGAGAGAUACACGCUGAGACCGACUAUGGCUGUGGACGCGGCGUCCAGCUUCAGUUUUUGCCGUGCCUCCCUGGAGCACACGGUGUCUGCUGAGGAGCUGAGUUACCAGCUGCCGCGUCACGCCGGAGGCAGCAACCUGACCUGGCACGAUGGCCGUGGCCAGAAGACAGCACACACACGCACCGUCAAACUUUUGCAGCAGCCCGGCACAGAGGGCAUCCAGUUGCGUCCCGGUGAAGCCUUCACUGUGUAUCACACCAGUCCUACGCUGUCCAGUCUGUCCAAACCAGUGGUGCUGUGGACUCAGCAGGAUGUCUGCAAGUGGCUUAAAAAACACUGUCCGCACAACUACCUGACCUAUGUAGAGGCCUUCUCCCAUCACGCCAUCACAGGACGGGCAUUGCUGCGUUUGAAUGGGGAGAAGCUGGAGAGGAUGGGAAUCGUCCAGGAGACACUGAGGCAGGAGGUCCUCCAACAAGUCCUCCAGCUGCAGGUCAGAGAAGAGGUCCGCAAUCUGCAGCUCCUUAGUAGAACCUCCUUUGGAAAUUUCUCUUAGCUCAUCCCUGGAUCCAUUUAGCAGCCCUUUCCCUCAUCCCCUGUCACAAUACGUCUCCAGGAGCCAUGGAAGAGCUGCUGUCUUCAGAUAUGUGAGCGGAGAAUCAACGAGAGAAAGGGACAGGACGAGUCUAUAGACUACAUGCCAACUAGUCUGGAGGAUUCUCAUUCAACACGGCCAAUCUGGUUUAAAGACACUGAGACAGAGACAAAACCCAUGCUCUAGGCAGGGUUACCCACUGUAAUACACGAUAAGAUGAUAAGUUGAAAGAUUCGCAGUCUUAGUGAUGGUGUUUCCCUGGUGCGGGUAUAUCUCCGGUCACAGCAAAUAUCCUUUUGGUUUCCUUUCUCAGCUGGAUUGGACUGACUGGGCAAUUUCAGCAGAAGCUGUUGAAAUUAUAUAUAUUUGAAAUAAGUAGUGGUUAUGGAUGAAUUAUUCUUUGACAUGGUUUGUAAUAAGCAUUUGACCCAGUGGCAAUGAAAGUGUGGAUGUAACCAUAGAUUUACAGACAGAGCUGCAAUUUAGACCAUGGAUUUAAAGUGAAGGAACCUUACAUUCAGUCUUUAUCUCACUGUAAAGUAACAACCAUGAGUCUAUUCAAAGGUAAUUAGAGCUUUUGUUAAAAGCAUUUGACUAAUGCCAGUGUAAUCAAUUCCUCACCCACGUGUCACACUGCAUUUUCCUCUCAGGACAUCAGUUUGAGAAUUUGUAGGCUUGGAGGACGAACGCUAACACUUCAGCCUGAAUGUCAUUCCCACGAUAAAGUUUUUGUAUUGUGACUUAUCUGCAGUAUGUCAGUGAGAAAUUAGAAAUAUAUAAUAUAUGCUGUGAGCAUUGUAGAGAAACAUACACUUUAAUCUGUGUAUACUGUAACAGUACUUUGGUAUUUUAUUAAUGAAAUGAAUGCAAGGGGCUCACAGAAUUAACGAGAUAUUCACUGAUUGUUUAUGCUUGAUAAAGCAAUAACGUAAAUGCUAAUAGCUGAAGAAGAUAACAGUGAUACACAUCUGUAGAGAUGAGGUGUACUGGACGAGUGUCCGCUGAGGGAAAUACACACCUUGCCCUCUACUCAGCAGUAUUUGCAAGCCUUGUAGUUUCAGUACUUUGUUUGUGAUGCUGUAUACUGUAUGUCAUCUCCCACACAGAGAUACAACAAGAAAGGACAAGCCUCUGUUUGUACUCCUUCUUGUUUCCGUCCCCGAUGUGGUGCUGCACUGUCAAAUGGUCAGAAGACAAGACAGGGCUGAGAUUCCCACUGUGAAUGAAACCAGCACCUCUGAUAUCAUUUUAGGCAACAGCAGACAGCGGCGAUGACAAUGAUGCUCAAGACAGAUGAAUAAAUCAGUGACAUAAAACAUUAAACAAAAGAAAAAGAAAAAAAAAAACAUUUAACAAUCUUCCCAAAUAUCUGCACCCACCAUCUUCCGACUGUCCUUUUACAAGGAUGCUUUGAGUAGUUAUCGACUGUUAAAGGAGAGAAAACAUACUUUUAUUUUUAGAUGAAACAAUGUACUGUAAAUACUGACACUUUUAGUUUACAAUGAUUGAUGAUGACCUGCAAAAAGAAAAUAUUUCUCUGCUUUACACACAAAAGUGGAUGGUAUGGAAAAUGAUGAAAGCUGUCAUUUUUGAAUAAAGUAACUGGGAUGA